AUGGCUGAUCCGAUUCCGAGCGACCUCAAGUUCUCUCCGACAGACGAGAGGUUGGUGGAUUAUUAUCUUCGCAACAGAGUUGAUACAGGCAGAGAAAAUUUCAUCAAAGACAUCAAACUUUACGAAGACGAGCCGUGGCUUCUCAAGCACGUCAAGAACGUUCAGUUCAAAGAGAAGAAGUGGUUCUACUUUGUUGUUAGGAAACGUGGAUCUGGGAACAGACCCAAACGUACGGUUCCCGGAAGAGGAGGCAGCAACGGGGGAGCUUGGACAACCAACGGCGUUAAGAAGGAGAUCCGUGACCGUAACAAGAAGUUGAUCGGAUACAAGACAGAACUCGCGUACCACAAGAAAGUCAAGGGAAAGACAAAAGGAGACACAACAGGUUGGUGUAUGACCGAGUAUUGGCUUGCGAGUAAGAACGACUCGGAGUUCCAAGAGGUGGUCCUGUGUCAUCUCCGUGACAAGAAUAAUAAGAAAGUCAAUGGAACCGUCGACGUUGACCAGUUACCGUUGCAGCCACCGGUUGAGAACAUGGACGAUAAGAACAUGACCCCUGCUGAUGAUGAUGAAGAAGAAGAAGAUGAUAAUAAUGAGGAAUUUCUUGAUGGGCUCGAAACUAUACUUGAAGAAGAACAUGAUGAAAAUAAUAGGGCAUAUGGUAAUGGGUUCAAAAAUAUGCUUGAAGAAGAAGAAAAAGAUGUUGAUGGGCUCCAAAAUAUGCAAGUAGACGAAGAAGAAGAUGAUGAUAAGGCCACCCAAUAUCCACAAACUCAUCUUCCUCUUCAAGGUUCAGAGAGCAUAGACAACCCACUUGUAAUCACGGAAGAUGACUUUGACCUAGAUGCAAUCUUCGAUCUGCUUACGCAGCCGGAAUGGGUCAAUGUCACCAACGACAUCGACAUCUGGUAA